AUGGCAGGGAAAAUACCAAAGUCCUUAAACGCUGCAUCCCUAGUCUGUAAAUGUGACUUGUGCUUAAAAUUUCACAAUAUGAAUUUAAGCUGGACAUGUUUAGACUGUGAAGAGACGUUGUGCGAUGCGUGUAAAGCAGUUCAUCAAAGGGGGAAAGCAACGAAAACGCACAAAAUUUUGACAACCAAAGACUUCAUAGAUGCGCAAGAACGCGGGGUGAAAAUAAGGGCGGGAAAGAAAAGACGUGAUGGGUCAUGUGAUCAACAUGAAGAAGAGGCUUAUCAGUUUCACUGCAACACGUGCUACAAACCUAUCUGUGCAAGAUGUGUGGUUGGUGCGCAUAAACUUCAUGACUUUAUUAAAUUGGAUGAUUUCAUAGAAAGUGGGAAAGAAAAAAUACUCAAUGAUAUUCUCUAUCUAAAAGAAGAAACUGUACCGUUGUUGAAGGAGAAUUCGGGUAUCUGCACGCAGAAGCACGAGGAAUCUGAAAGAGAGCUGACAGAUGCUCUAAUUACUUUGAACGAUAUUUCAAGCAAAAUUGAAAAAGAAGUCAGUAGGAUAAAAGAGGAAAUAGAAGGUGAAUUAAAAUCUGUUCACAGUCAAAAUGAAACUAACAUUAUGAAUUCAAAGAGUUCUUUCGAUUCAGUCGCCAAAGCUGUAAUGAAUGGUGUGAAAAAGUGCGAGGAUAGUCCAAAGGGAUCUUUCAAGUACAUCUACGAAUCUAAUGAGAGACUGGAAAAUGUUUGGGCUUUGCUGAAAACUCCCAUUCUGCCGCAUGUUGUACACAUCACCUUCUUCAAAGGCGAAGUAGAUUCUAACGCAUUGCAGAGAAUGGUUGGUAUGAGUUCAAAGACCUAUGAGGCGGAAGUUCUGGAAAUGACAAAUAUGCAGGAAGGCGGAUGGGGAACUUUUAGUAAAUUCAAGCUUUGUCAAACAGGAAUAAGUGCCAUUUCACUUUUGAAUGACAAUAUGGCGAUGGUUCGGGAGCCUGGAACCGGUAAGGGAAUCCAACGCCUGAAAAUUAAAGAUGGCCGGAGUCAUGACGUCACUGAACCUAUCAAUUUGCCACACCUUGUGACUGAUCUAUGCUCAUUUAACCACAAGGUAACACUCGUCACUUUUGAGGGAGAAACGUAUAUUCAAAUGGUUUAUUCUGACGGGAAAACUACCACGUUUGCAAAUUUGGGUCCCUUGUUUCCUAUUGGUCUGUGUAAAUCUCCAAGCGGGGAAAUCCUGGUCACAGUCGUGGAAAGUGACGACAGAAAAGUCACUGAAAAGAGCGCACGCGCAGUAUACACUUUAUCCUAUUCCGGUCGCGUUCUCAAAAAAAUCGAGUUCUACAAAGGCAACAGGAUUUUUACAUGGCCAUACAAAGUAAUAGAAAAUCAAAUAAAUGGAGAUCUCUUGGUCAUUGAUUUAAUGGAGUCAACAGAUCGUGUUGUCUGCGUAAAUCGUGAGGGCAAUGAAAUUUUCUCUUACUCUGGAAAAAUUUGUCCAAAGUAUCCCAGGUUAUUGGCUGCUCAAGGUAUUGCGUAUGACAAGCACAGUAAUGUUUAUAUAUCUGAUGCAAGAAAUUCCGUCAUUCACGUCAUAAGUCAAGAAGGGAAUUUCUUGAGAUUUGUGGAAAAUAAUUUCGAACGCUUCUAUUCACCAUGGGCUUUGGCAGUGGAUGAAAAAAAUCGUUUGUGGAUCGGGACCUUAAACGGGAACAUAUAUCUUGUGCUUCUGGAUGUUUUGUAA